AUGGCGGUGAUGGCCGAAGUAGUGUCGACCACCGGCGCGCCGCUCGGGAGCCCGGCCUCGCUGCCACCGCCGGCGGCCGCGGUGAAGGACGCCGACGCUGAGAAGCUCCAGUUCAUCGAGGAGAUGACCUCCGACGUGGACGCCGUGCAGGAGCGCGUGCUGGGGGAGAUCCUCGCCCGCAACGCCGACACCGAGUACCUCGCCAAGUACGGCCUCAUCGGCGCUUCGGACCGCGCGACCUUCCGCGCCAAGGUGCCGAUGGCGACGUACGAGGACCUGCAGCCGUACAUCCGGCGCAUCGCCGACGGCGACCGCUCGCCCAUCCUGUCGGGGCACCCGGUCUCCGAGUUCCUCACCAGCUCCGGCACGUCCGCCGGCGAGCGCAAGCUCAUGCCCACCAUCGAGGACGAGCUCAACCGCCGCCAGUUGCUUUACAGCCUCCAGAUGCCCGUCAUGAACCUGUAUGUGCCUGGGAUGGACAAGGGGAAGGCUCUCCAUUUCCUCUUCGUCAAGUCGGAGACGAAGACGCCAGGCGGCCUUGCGGCGAGGCCCGUCCUGACGAGCUACUACAAGAGCAACCACUUCAAGAACCGGCCGUUCGACGCCUACAACAACUACACGAGCCCCACGGCGGCCAUCCUCUGCGCGGACGCGUUCCAGAGCAUGUACGCGCAGAUGGUGUGCGGUCUGUGCCAGCGCCAGGACGUGCUUCGCGUCGGCGCCGUGUUCGCGUCGGGCCUCCUUCGCGCCAUUCGCUUCCUCCAGCUCAACUGGGAGCAGCUCGCGGACGACAUCGAGGGCGGCUCGCUCUCCCCGCGCGUCACCGACCCGUCGGUGCGCGAGGCGGUCGCCGGCAUCCUCCGCCCUGACCCCGAGCUCGCCGAGCUGGUCCGCUCCGAGUGCUCCAAGGGCGACUGGGCGGGCAUCAUCCCCCGCAUUUGGCCCAACACCAAGUACCUGGACGUCAUCGUCACCGGCGCCAUGGCGCAGUACAUCCCGACCCUCAAGUACUACAGCGGCGGCCUCCCGAUGGCGUGCACCAUGUACGCGUCGUCCGAGUGCUACUUCGGGCUGAACCUCCGCCCCAUGUGCGACCCUUCGGAGGUGUCCUACACCCUGAUGCCCAACAUGUGCUACUUCGAGUUCCUGCCCAUGGACGCCGCGGCGUCUGGCGGCGGCGACGCGAGCCAGCUGGUGGACCUCGCCCGCGUGGAGGUCGGGCGCGAGUACGAGCUGGUGAUCACCACGUACGCCGGGCUGAACCGGUAUCGCGUCGGCGACGUGCUCCAGGUCACGGGCUUCCACAACACGGCGCCGCAGUUCCGGUUCGUGCGCCGCAAGAACGUGCUGCUGUCCAUCGAGGUCCGACAAGACGGACGAGGCCGAGCUGCAGCGCGCCGUGGAGCGCGCGUCCGUGCUGCUCCGCCCGCACGGCGCCGCCGUGGGCCCGCGGCCGGCGCCGCGGUGGACAGGGAGACGCUGGACAGGUGCUGCCUCGAGAUGGAGGAGGCGCUGAACACGGUGUACAGGCAGAGCCGCGUGGCGGACGGCUCCAUCGGCCCGCUGGAGAUCCGGGUGGUCCGGCCGGGCACCUUCGAGGAGCUCAUGGACUACGCCAUCUCCCGCGGCGCGUCGAUCAACCAGUACAAGGUGCCCCGGUGCGUGACGUUCCCGCCCAUCAUCGAGCUCCUGGACUCCCGCGUCGUGUCCACCCACUUCAGCCCCGCGCUGCCGCACUGGACCCCCGGCCAGCGCUCCCACUCCGACUAG